AUGUUGCUUCAAGGCUCCGGUUUAAUCCGCAAUCUUCUAUCUUCGGUUCCUAUCCAAGUCCGCUCUUACUCCGUAGGAUCCUUCCCUUAUCCGCUUGUUGCUAUCUCAUCCGUGCUCCUCAAUGCGUUGUUCUACACCGAUCAAGCCUUUGAUAGCACGUAUAGACCAGCUGUACUGGCCAAGCCCGUAAAGUCUAGAUUUGCAUUUGGCAUGGCAACCUAA